CUAUUUUGGAAUUUAAAGUAUGUCAUCAUGGCAAAAUUUCGGAGAAGGACUUGCAUCAUUUUAUCACUUUUCAUUCUAUUUAUUUUCUCACUUAUGAUGGGCUUAAAAACUCUGAGACCAAACACAGCUACUUUUGGAGAUCCUUUUGGACUUGACCUUCUUCCAGAAUUUCGACAGCAAACUGUCAACUUGGAGAAAAAAAUGGAUUCCAAAAAAAGUGGCAAAAUCAACAGUGAGAGAAAUACUAAGAACUUAAAAAGUGUUGAAAUCAUGAUGAAAACUUCGAAGCCUUCAGAAAUUAACCUGGAAGAACUACCACCAUUGAAUUAUUAUUUACAUGUAUUUUAUUAUACUUGGUAUGGAAAUCCACAAUUUGAUGGUAAAUAUAUACAUUGGAACCAUCCAGUCUUGGAGCAUUGGGACCCUCGAAUAGCAAAGAAUUAUCCACAAGGGAGACACAGUCCCCCAGAUGACAUUGGUUCCAGCUUUUAUCCUGAAUUGGGAAGUUACAGCUCACGAGAUCCUUCUGUCAUAGAAACCCACAUGAAGCAAAUGUGUUCAGCUUCAAUAGGUGUACUAGCCCUGUCUUGGUACCCACCUGAUUCAAAUGAUGAGAAUGGAGAACCUACUGAUGACUUGGUACCGACUAUUUUGGAUAAAGCUCAUAAAUAUAAUCUAAAGGUCACAUUUCACAUAGAACCAUACAGAAAUAGAGAUGAUCAAAAUAUGUAUAAAAAUGUCAAAUACAUUAUAGACAAAUAUGGAAGUCAUCCAGCCUUUUACAGGUACAAGACUAAGACUGGCAAUGCCCUUCCCAUGUUUUAUGUCUAUGAUUCCUAUAUUGUGAAGCCUGAAAAAUGGGCCAAUUUGUUAACCGCUUCAGGGUCUCAGAGUGUUCGCAAUACUCCUUAUGAUGGACUGUUCAUUGCACUUUUAGUUGAAGAAAAACAUAAAUUUGAAAUCCUUCACAGUGGCUUUGAUGGAAUUUAUACGUAUUUUGCCACAAAUGGCUUUACUUACGGCUCAUCGCAUCAGAACUGGGCCAGCCUAAAAACAUUUUGUGAUAACUACAACUUGUUAUUUAUUCCAAGUGUGGGCCCAGGAUACAUCGACACCAGCAUCCGUCCGUGGAACACUCACAACACGCGGAAUCGAGUCAACGGGAAGUAUUAUGAGACGGCGCUGAGUGUUGCCCUUCAGACCCACCCCACUCUAAUUUCUAUCACGUCUUUUAAUGAGUGGCAUGAAGGAACUCAAAUUGAAAAAGCUGUUCCCAAAAGAACUAGUAAUACUGUUUACCUGGAUUACCGCCCUCACAAACCGGGUCUUUAUCUAGAACUAACUCGGAAGUGGUCUGAAAAAUACAGUAAAGAAAGAGCAAAUUACUCAUUACAUCAGCAACCGCCUGUUUCUUAAACCAUUAUAAUUAUUGAAGUCACCUAAU